GAUGUAUUUUAAAAAUAUUUUUAUUUACAUGUAAAGUUAACAAUUGUAAUUUAUUUGUUUAUUCUCUAUUUUUUAGCAACAAAUGAAUCUCGUGAAGGACAAUCUACCAGAUUCUUCUACUGUAACUCACAGACACAAAAAUCUGACGAAAAUUUGACAUUUUCUUCAUCGUUAUCAACUCCAAAGACUGAGCAGGCUGAACCUCGAAAAGCAGAGAAGAAAACUUUUCGCUCGAGUGGAAUAUUCAGAUUAAAAUGUAAGUUUUUUAAAAUUAUUUUCUUCAAGUAUUUGAUUUAAAUUGAGGAAUUUUUUAAUUUGAAUUCUUUUGUUUCUUUUUAAUUUUCAGCACCAACUAGAUCUCGCGAAGAAAUGUCUACCAGUUCAAUUGGAAAGACUGAAAAUGUGAAAGCUGGAAUUCCGGAGAAACAAUCUUUUACUUCCAGUGAAAGAUUGAGUUUAAAAUCAACAAAUGAAUCUCGUGAAGGACAUUCAACCAGAUUCUUCUACGGUAACUCACAGACAAAAAAAUCUGACGAAAAUUUGACAUUUUCUUCAUCGUCAUCAACUCCAAAGACUGAGCAGGCUGAACCUCGAAAAGCAGAGAAGAAAACUUUUCGCUCGAGUGGAAUAUUCAGAUUAAAAUCACCAACUAGAUCUCGCGAAGAAAUGUCUACCAGUUCAAUUGGAAAGACUGAAAAUGUGAAAGCUGGAAUUCCGGAGAAACAAUCUUUUACUUCCAGUGAAAGAUUGAGUUUAAAAUCAACAAAUGAAUCUCGUGAAGGACAUUCAACCAGAUUCUUCUACGGUAACUCACAGACAAAAAAAUCUGACGAAAAUUUGACAUUUUCUUCAUCGUCAUCAACUCCAAAGACUGAGCAGGCUGAACCUCGAAAAGCAGAGAAGAAAACUUUUCGCUCGAGUGGAAUAUUCAGAUUAAAAUCACCAACUAGAUCUCGCGAAGAAAUGUCUACCAGUUCAAUUGGAAAGACUGAAAAUGUGAAAGCUGGAAUUCCGGAGAAACAAUCUUUUACUUCCAGUGAAAGAUUGAGUUUAAAAUCAACAAAUGAAUCUCGUGAAGGACAAUCUACCAGAUUCUUCUACUGUAACUCACAGACACAAAAAUCUGACGAAAAUUUGACAUUUUCUCAAUCACCAACAACUUCAAUGACUGAGCAGGCUGAACCUCGAAAAACAGAGAAGAAAACUUUUCGCUCAAGUGGAAUAUUCAGAUUAAAAUCACCAACCAGAUCUCGCGAAGAAGUGUGUGUCAGUUCGAUUGGAAAGACUGAAGAUCUAAAAUCUGGAAUUCCGGAGAAACAAUUUUUCUCUUGUAGUGAAAGAUUGAGUUUAAAAUCACCAACUGGAUCUCGCGAAGAAAUGUCUAUCAGUUUAAUUGGAAAGACUGAAAAGCAAAUUUUGUCUUCGAGUAAAGGACCGGAAAAAAAAAUUUCAUUUCAUAGUCAAAGAUUAAGUUUGAAAUCACCAAGUGAUUCUCCUGAAAAGCUGUCACCGUGUUCAGUUUACCGUGUACCAACAGAAACAUCAUUAUCAUUAUCGUCAUCAACUGGACCUGAUUUAAAAAUCACUUCUUCAAAAGUAGAGAAAUCGAAAAAGCAAGAAGCUAAAUUUUCCCAUUCAACAUCAACUUCAAAAAGAGAUGGUAAAAUUUUGUAUUCUUUUUUCUUCUUUUAUAUUUUCUUAAUCUCUCUCAAUAUAAAAUUAAUAAAAUUUUCAUUUCUUCCAAUUAUAGGUGUUGACUCAUCAAUUGAAAGUGGUGCUGGCCCCUCUUCAAAACGAAAGAAAUACAGUGUCGAGAAAUCUACAAUUGGUGUUUCUUCAAACAGAAAAAGAACGUCAAUUACUUUGGAUAAUGAAAAUAUUGAUAAACCGUUGCAUCAUAAAGUGAGAAGAAGAUUGGAAUUAAUGGGAACAGAAAAGCAUACUGUAAAAGUUUGUUUGGGAAAAUUAUGUAAAUCAGCAAACAUUAAAAAUCGAAUUGAAGAAGAUGCAAAGGUUGUUUCAUCAAUGAUGUAUGAGGCAACAACAAUGGCAUUAUUCGGCCUAUAUGAAGAAACGAAUGUUGAAAAUGUUGAAAAUUGCCCAUCAUUGUUGGAGAAAUGGACCAACAAUGGUCCCGACUUUCUGUCAUUUUUAAUAUCAUUAAAGCAGAAAGUAAAUGCUCAACGUAAAGUAACUGAACAGGAUGCGAAAAUAAAUACAAUGGUCAACGAAUACAAAGAAUUAAGGAAUGACAUUCCACUUUAUGACGGAGAACAUAGAACGGCAAUAAUUCAGGAGGCAGCUUUAGUGUUGAAUCGAAACUUUAAAACAAAUUUCACGACGCAUGCAGCAUCACGAUUAAGAAGAUAUUUGCAGCUAUUAAUGGAAAUUGAAGACGAAGAAAAAAAUCAUAUGGAAGUAGAUGAAAUUCAAGAAAUUUGUUCAGUUUACCGUAUCAAAAAUGAUAAUGAUGAAAAAAUAAAAAUUAGGAGUUUUAAAAAUAGCAUUAAAAAUGAACAAAGAAAAGAAUUUCAAAAAUCUCAAAAAAAAAUUCCUGAUGAAAUGCGAGAAAAAAAUACAUCAGACUAUUGCGAUGAAAGAUAUGUUCGACAGGAAAAAUAUCACAAACAUUGCGAUAAAGUCUAUUAUAAAAAAAGGCCAAGAAGGCGAAGAAAAAAAUCGAAAAAGGAAAAAGAAGAAGAAAAAGAGAAGAAUAAGGAAGAAGAAGAAGAAGAAAAAGAGAAGAAUAAGGAAAAAAAGAAAUUUCGAAAAAGAAGGCCUUCAUUUUAUAAACAAUCUGUUGCUGCUUUAAAUCUCCUGCUGCAAGAAAAUAAAUGUCAAGUGAAAGGAUUCCCUAUUGAUUUACUGAAAAAGGAUGAUGAUGAUGAUGAAAGAAAAUUGGACUUUACAAAAUUGACAAAAGAUAAAGAAUGGCAUAAAUUUUUGCCAUUUUUCAUUAUGAUUCAACAACAAUUUCAUGAUAAAAAGAAGAAGAAUUUCACAUUAAUUCCACAAAUUUCAUUAGGCGUGAAGCAUGUCGUUUAUACAAAUACUGCUUUAAAAGAUUUGCAAGUGGCAACUGUUAUUCAAGAAAUUAAAGAAAAAAAGGCAAUUUUACAAAAAAAGAAAACAAAAUCAGGAACGAAUAAGGAUCAUCUUCAAAGAGCAGUUGAUAAAAUGGACGAUGAAAUGAAGCGCUUAAGAGAAAUGAACAAUGAAGAAAGGUGGAAUUCAAUGUUCAACUUUAAAUCAAUCCAAAGAGGUCGAAAAAAAUUAAAGAAUGGUGGUAAAUUCUCUGGUACAAUAACGACAAAUGGUGUGGACGUGUCAGUAAUUUUUGAUUUACCCACAAAACAUGAUGUUGUGCAAUCAAAGAAGAAAGUUGGAAGUUACAAAAAAUUUUGUGGUUUUGAUCCUGGUGCGAGGGCGACUCUGGCUGGUGUCAGUAGAGAAAACGAUCCUAAUCCAACCACUAAUGUAAAAAAGGAUUCAGCUAUUUACAUUGGUAGUUGGAUGAUGAGAUGGCAGAUGGGCGACUAUAGAAGAAGAGAAUUAAUGAAGAAAAAAGGUAUAGACAUGCAAAAAUAUUACAAGCAACUUGCUGAGGAUCCAUUGAUGGAAAAUUUUUGCAUGACUAAUCCUCGAGAUCGCCAUCGUAUAACAAAAUAUAGAAUACACCUUUUACAAAAUUUUCAAUCACUUCAUCAAAAAAGAUCCGUAACGCGUUUAAAAAUAGAUCAAUAUUCGGCGCACAAACGACAAGUUGAUCAACUUGUGAAUUGGAUAGUAGGUGAUACAAAGAAGAAACCCUGUUUCGUUGCUAUUGGUGGAGCUGAAAUACCUAAUUUUAUCAAGGGAUACACUAAAGCUCCUUUGAAACGUAUUCAACAAACUCUUUUCCAAAGAUCAGAAGAAUUAGGAAAAGAUAAAUUGCAAGUCGUGAAAGUAAAUGAGUUUAAUACAACAAAAAUGUGUAGUCGCUGUGUAAGACCACUUAAAAUAUCCAAGAGUCCCCAUCGAUACACUUAUUGUGCGAAAUGCAAAACAACGUGGGAAAGAGAUGUAAAUGCAGGGCGCAAUAUUCUUAAUCUUGCACUUGUUCAAGAAAAAAUCAUACCAAAGGAUUCCAUAAAAAAUCACCAUCUAUUUCGGAUUACGAAUGAUGACGCUCAACAUCAAGAUGCAGAAUUGCAGAAAUGAUUUUUCCCAUCACUUUCAACAUUCAUUUUUAAAUGUAAGUUUUUAAAAUUUAUAUUUAAAAAAUAUUUUUUUUUAUGAAAAACAUUAAAAAAUUAAUUAAUUUGUAAUUAUUUUCUCUUUUUCAGCACUAAGUAAAUCUCUUCAAGGACAUUGAAAAGGAGGAACCUCAACAACCGGAAAUACAAAUUUCUACGAUGGACAAUAUACUGCUUAAUUGCGGAAAUAAUUUAACAAAACAUUAUUCGGUCCUGGUGGUGAUGGCUUUUUGUCAUUGUACAUACCAGGAGAUCUCUUAUGAGAUCCGAACCAGCCUAUAAAAAGGCAUACCAGGUUUUUUAAGAAAUUAAAAAACAUGCUACUUCUUUUAUUGAUUAUUGUUUGAAUGUUUCAAAUUUUUUAUA